GAUGGAGUGUAGACGUAUUCAGCGUAUUCAGCUCUCAGGACUAGGAUGCGUAUCGGUGCCGAUCUCGUUUUCUGGAUUUUUACAACAGUCGUCCCUUUCUGUUGCUGCUAUCGGUGUGGAAGCAGACUGUUAUUGAAACCGUCUAUUGAACCAGUUCUGUUUCCAUCUCAGAGGAUGAUAGUGAAAAAUGUGAUCCAGUGCGAGACUGCAUGUCGCCGAGACGCAAAAUGCAUAUCGCUGAAUUAUGAUUUCAAAAAUGGGUUUUGUGAUCUGAACACAUUUGAUCAUGGCUACGAUGCUGCGUCAUCACAGGUGAAAUACCUCCUUGAGAAGAACUGUAAAGUUGAUGGUGUUGACGCAUGUGCAGACUGCCCUCCAGGCACGCGGUGUGUAUAUGCAGCCAAUGAGUAUGCGUGUCUAGCCGGGGAGGCAUCAUCACCUUUAAUUGUGGUCGACUGUGGCCCUCCUGAACCAUUACACAACGGUGUUUUCGUGUACAACACUACGACCUAUACCUCCCUCGGUACUGCCAUUUGCAACAGCGGUUACAAUCUAUCGGGUUCUUCAAAGCACGUAACGUGUUCGGCUGAAGGGCGGUGGGAAACGUUGAACGGUUCGUGCAAAAUUGUCGACUGUGGAGUUCCGGGGUCUAUUCCUGGUGGCAGUUUUAGCUACAGCACCACAACCUACGGAUCUCUCGGCCAUGCAAUAUGCAACUCUGGCUUCAACUUCUCUGGUAGCAGUAACAGCGUAUCUUGCACAGCAGGCGGCGACUGGGAAAACGUUUCUGGAAUUUGUAAAGUUGUCGACUGUGGAGUUCCAGGGUCUAUUCCUGGUGGCAGUAUUAACUACAGCACCACAACCUACGGAUCUCUCGGCCAUGCAAUAUGCAACUCUGGCUUCAACUUCUCUGGCAGCAACAACAGCGUAUCUUGCACAGCAGGCGGCGACUGGGAAAAUGUUACAGGAAUUUGUAAAGUGGUCGAGUGUGGAGUUCCGGGGUCUAUUCCUGGUGGCAGUAUUAACUACAACACCACAACCUACGGAUCUCUCGGCCAUGCGAUAUGCAACUCUGGCUUCAACUUCUCUGGUAGCAACAACAGCGUAUCUUGCACAGCAGGCGGCGACUGGGAAAAUGUUACAGGAAUUUGUAAAGUGGUUGAUUGCGGACUUGUCCCUAACGCCGAAAACAGGCUCCUUUCCUACAAUAGCACGGUAUUUGGAUCCCAGGUCACAGUCACAUGUGUCAAUGAUACGGAUCAAUAUGAUGGUGAUAACACGGGUGUUUGUGAUGAACGUGGACAGUGGAUCGGGGUACCUGUGUGUAAGAAAAACACUCAAUCAAUUGGUGGCUGGAUUUUACUGCUUCGAGUCACAGCCGACGUCAACGUUUCGCCCUACGAUGUGUGGAUGGAUGACCUCAUAUACCAUGAUCAUCCGGCCGUCCCUGGGAAUUUGCAGCCCGGAUGUAUGACCCUUGAUACGUCACUUCCGUGUGACAUGCACUUUAAAAGUAAACUGGUAACUACAUGGGAAACCGCAAAUAUUGAACAGGUCAAAGUUAUCAUUUUAAAAGGGAACACUGUCAAAGCAGAGGUUCUUUUUGAUGGAGUUGGGACCACGAAAACCAGUUGGUUUUCAUCAAGCCACGUCAUCAAUUCUACCUGGACAGACUUGAUGUCUUUGCCUCAAAAUCGGUUCAGUAUCACAGGGGACGGCACGACUAACCGACGGUUUCAGAUAAACCACUACUAUGGGGGCUGUCCGGCGGACAAGGGGUGGCUUGCUGUCAUAGAUAAACCAGACAACAAUCCUUGCCCUUGGGAACAAUAUACUUCUGUACCACAUAUUUUGUACAGUGCCGGAACGUCUGAGUCAUUAUGUGCAGACUUUGAAUCCGGCGAUGUUAUGGCAAUACUGGCGAAACAACAACACUCAGGGUGAUAUCACACUUUUUGUAACAGAGACUUAACGAUUUUCGAUUUUACAAUCUAAAAACAUUAUUAAGACAUCAAGGUAAGAAAUAGGCAUCUCCGUGGACACAAAUUGUGCCCCUCUUCUUGCUGAUUUGUUUCUUUGUGCCCGUGAAUCGGAAUUUCAAAAAAACAAAAAACAAGGGGAUAUGGCUAAGAAGUUCAAAUCUAUUGAAAGUGCAAGUCUCAAAGGUAGAUACACCUUUGCAGAAAUGGAUAAACGUAACAUCGUUAAGGAAAGCUAUUAAACAAAACGUUUUGAAUUGUGUUAAAUUAUAAUACAAAGUACAUAUUUACACCCGAAAGAAAGUCAUAUGUGAUUUCAUUUUUAUCUAAAUAGCAACAAACAACUGCCCUGAUCCCACCGCCAGCGCGUAUGCAUAUCGAAAUCCUAGCUACAGACCGAGCUGUGGCUGUGACGUGACAGUGCGUAGUCAUUUCUUUUUGUUUACAGUGCAUUAAUCUGUAUGGCAAUGAAGUGACAUUUCUGGUUUUCUCGGUGUAUUGAGGACGUUAAAAGGGGUAUUGUGUUGUGUGGGGAUGUACUUGUUCAUGAAACAAUAGUGUCCUUUCUUCAAAUUAAAGGCCGAUUUCGCGAUGAGGAAUGUUUUGAUACAGCGAUGUUAGCGUGGGAAAAAAGUGGAAACCGACUGGUAAUGCCGUUUUGUGUUCCUUGCGCUAGCAAGCAGUCUCUAUUCAUUACGCAGUGAAGGCCACAUUUCUUUACCAAUCUAGAUUCUGGCAUAAUGGUCAUCUUAUAACAAUAUUUGAUCAGACGUUUGAAAACAUAUAUAAAUUUACAUACAUAGAGUACCUUCCACGUUCACCCCUGACCACAUUAUUUGAUGGUGAUUGCUUUACAAACAAGAACCUCUUACAAGCAAACAUUUUAUUUCUAUUUCAUCCCAAAUAUCAACACCCAACACUUCAGAACCGUAUAAUAAAAUAGGACGUAUUUUGUAAUAAAAUAUUGUAAAGGAACAAUUCAUUGGAUUUAAAAAAAAAUAUAUAUAAAGAUUUAAACACACAACAUAGGAGUGUCUACCGCUGUGCUUUUAAUUUUUUUAACGUGAACAUACUAUGAUAAUGACCUAGAAAAUAAUAGUCCAAAGUGGGAACACAUUCAAGUCGCUGCCCUUUUUACUGCUAUUUCUUUGUUCUACGUUUUGACAACCCAAAUACUAUGUCAGCGAUGGGGACAAUGAAUCAUCAGCAAAUAAUAAUAAGUUGUAUGAUAUCAUGAUGAUAUCAUGAUGUAACUGUGUAGCUGGUGAACAGGAAGGUUCUAUCUGUAAUGGCAAUUCAUAAAUAAACACCGAAAAUAACAAUUGGCCCAUAACACAGCCUUGUCUAAGGCCUAAUCAACAAUCCAAGGUUUCUGAUAAAUUAUUGUUUACACGAACACAAACUUUCACACAUUCAUACAGGGAUUCGAGUUCAUGUAACAUCUUUGGGAACCCCCUGUCCACCUACAUUUUAAUAUGAAUCAUAGCUUUGUUCUGUCAACAAAAUCGAAUGCCUUUUUAAAAUCCACAAACAUAGUAUAUAUUUUUUACGCGUUUUAGAAGAAAUGCUGCAUCACAGACUGAAGAAUAAAAUAUUCCUUCCUGAAGCCUGCUUUGGACUUGAUGAUUUUAUCAUAAGAAAUAGCCCAGAAAGAUAAUUUUGAAUUCAAAAUAGAUGUAGAUAAUUUACAAAAUGAAACUAACAACGAAAUUCUUCUGUGAUUAUUAUGAUUUAAAUUAGCACCUUUUUAUGUACUGGAAUAAUAAUACCUUAUUUAAAAAACAUUUAAUAGCAGCUGAAUAUACCGUACCAAUAUAUCCAUAGAUGUUUUAAAGAAUUCCUCACCCGCAGCUUCACAUGUCAUCUGUCUGGCAAUGGCUUCACAAAUGUCUUGUUUUGUGAUGGACGAGUCAAGUAUCGUACUCAUAUCAUCAAAGUCAAAAUCAAUAUGAGAAUCUGUAGAUUCUUCAUUCAUAUUUAUAUCACAUUCUUGGAACACAUUCCUAAAAAAGAGAACCAUUCGCGCAAGAGCACCGGUUUACUUUGUGUAUUACUUUUAGUAUUUUUCUCAAAUGUAUUCCAAGUCCUUAGAAUUAUUAAUAUUUGCUAGCAUUUUAGUCUUUCACAUGUA